UCACUACACUACUAUGUGACAUAUUCAGACACAAGGCGGGAAUUUGCUCGUUUUUUUGGUUGCAUAAAAAUCAGAACCAAAAAAAAGCCCAUUGAGCGGCGGUGCGCGGAGCCCUCAGUGCAGGAGCUGGUAGCGGUGCAGACGGUGCACGAGCCGGGCUGGCAGAGCUCCCGCCAUGGUCGCCGUUCACGCUUCUCAUUCUUCCUCCUGUGCAGAGUGGAUUGCCUGUCUAGAUAAAAGGCCAGUGGAGCGUUCAGGAGAAGACGUAGACAUAAUAUUCGCCCGUCUGAAAGCAGUGAAGGCUUUCGAGAGAUUCCAUCCUAAUUUACUUCAGCAGAUCUGUUUCUGUGGAUAUUAUGAAAGCUUGGAAAAGGGCGUUACGUUGUAUCGCCAGGGAGACAUUGGUACAAGUUGGUAUGCGGUGCUCACAGGCUCCUUGGAUGUCAAAGUGACUGAAACUAACAGCCAUCAGGAUGCUGUUGUUAUUUGCACGCUGGGAGUCGGUACUGCUUUUGGAGAGUCAAUACUGGAUAACACCCCCCGACAUGCCACCAUUGUUACCCGGGAAUACAGCGAACUCUUACGGAUUGAGCAGAAGGAGUUUAAAGCGCUGUGGGAGCUAUACACAGAAAAGAUGCAAAGAAGGAUCCAUCACACAUUGGCCACCAACGGCGCCCAAUGGACACCAUGGACUUAUGGUGUGCCAAGUUUCCCUCCUGGUGUCUCCACCGUUCUUUCCAUCAGACGUGACAGAACCUGUGAUGUAGGCUCCUGUAAGAGCCUCCGAUGA